CUGAUGGUUCUGGUUCUGGUUCUCCUCAGGUGGUGAAGCUGAAGGAUUUCUUCCCUCAUGGAACCGGCUUCGUCCUGGUCUUUGACUUUAUGCUCUCUGACCUCUCUGAGGUCAUCAGGAACUCCCUGCGACCUCUGACCCCGGCUCAGGUGAAGGGCUACAUGAUGAUGCUGCUGAAGGGCGUGGCCUUCCUGCACCAGAACUCCAUCAUGCACCGGGACCUGAAGCCCGCCAACCUCCUCAUCAGUUCCUCAGGUCACCUGAAGGUGGCAGACUUCGGCCUUGCCCGGCUGUUCAGUGAUCAGAGGGAGCGGCUCUACAGCCACCAGGUGGCCACCAGAUGGUACCGAGCCCCAGAGCUCCUGUAUGGAGCCCGGAAAUACGACGAAGGAGUGGACCUGUGGGCGGUGGGCUGCAUCUUCGGAGAGCUUCUCAACUCGUCUCCUCUGUUCCCCGGGGAAAACGACAUCGAACAGCUCUGCUGCGUCCUGCGAGUCCUGGGGACGCCGACCCGGGAGAGCUGGCCUGAAAUGGUCGAGUUGCCAGAUUACAAUAAAAUCACCUUCAAGGAGAAUCCAGCGAUCCCAUUGGAGGAGAUCGUCCCUGACACCUGUCCUCAGGCUGUGGACCUGCUCUGCCGCUUCCUGGUCUACCCGUCCAGGCGGCGCUGCUCCGCCACACAGGCUCUCAUCCAUCCCUUCUUCUUCUCCUCUCCUCUUCCUGCUCACCACUCCGAGCUGCCCAUCCCUCAGAGAGGGGGUCACCCUCCCCGCCAGCACCUGCAGGCUCCGCCCACCGACUUCUCUGUGGACCUGCCCCUGCAGAACAGUGUGGUGGACCCCACGGAGCUGCGGCCACACGCCUCCUGCCUCUGAAAAGACUCAAAGUGUUGGAAAUGAGA